GAUUUCAAUCUUCAGCAAUUCCACCACCAGACCCAUAAUUCAGAAGAUGAGCACAGCGGCACCAGCGGCCUAAACAUGGGCCAAAAGCGAGAUCGCGAGGAAAAGAAUGACAUCAACGGUGGCGAUGGCAAAGAUGGAGGAAGCUCAGCUGGAGACGGAGGAGAAAUCACAAGGCGGCCUCGCGGCAGACCAGCUGGAUCCAAGAACAAACCUAAACCCCUCAUUAUCACCCGUGACAGCGCGAAUGCGCUAAGAACCCACGUUAUGGAAAUCGCAGAUGGAUGCGAUAUCAUGGAAAGCGUGGCGAAUUUCGCCAGGAGACGCCAAAGAGGGGUAUGCAUCAUGAGUGGAACUGGCACCGUAACGAACGUUACGCUUAGGCAACCGGCUUCACCGGGUGCUGUAGUGACAUUGCACGGCCGGUUCGAGAUCUUAUCCCUUGCGGGGUCUUUCUUACCCCCACCAGCUCCUCCGGCCGCGACAACCCUGACUAUAUACUUAGCUGGUGGGCAAGGGCAAGUGGUGGGGAAGUGUUUUGGAGCACUUAUGGCAUCAGGGCCUGUUGUCAUCAUGGCUGCUUCCUUCAGCAAUGCUGCAUAUGAGAGACUUCCACUAGAUGAAGAUGAGAGUUCGCUGCAAAUGCAAGGAGGAUCACUGGGAUCUCCAGGAGCGGUUGGAGGGCAGCAGCAGCAGCAGCAGCAGCAGCAGCAAUUGAUGGCGGACCCUUCUUUGUUUAGCAUGCCUCCUAAUCUUUUCAACUCGGUUCAAUUGCCUAAUGAAGCUUAUUCUACUGGUCGCCCUCCAUUCUAACUCAUAACAGGUUAUGAAUUGAUUUAAGGGGAUGAUACUCUAUGACAUUAAGAAGAGUGCUUUUGCUUGGACAAAAUCAUUUGACUGUUUGAAUGGUUAGGUGGCAUGUCAUGAUGCUAUAUUUACGAGAAGAUAGAAAAUGGAAGUAUGGGCUUUAGAAAAUUGCAGUUUCCAACAUUUUUCCCAUUCUGAUGAAUGUUAGAGUUUAUUGGGUUGAACAAUGUAGAGACUAGAGAGCCUUUAUUAAGAGAGUCAUAUAUUCUGGACAUGUGCACAGUUUCAAACGAGCUCCUUUUCGAGGCAAUGCAGCGGUUACA